AACACUACGACAUGGCCUGCUUUACACUGUAUAUUAAAAUUUGUGAGAGUGUGAAUCAAACUCGGUAGUUUUUUAUUCUCUCUUUCAUAUGACAGUUCUCACACAAGGUGACAACAAAUUCUUACAGCUAACAAAGAAAAAAUCGAAAACAUUGCACCAAUACAAACGCGUCUGAAAAACUCUAUGCAGGAAAUUCUUAGUCAGAUUAGAUAAAAAUAAAGGAGCGUGUACGAAACUGAGUAGCUUUUAUUCUGUUUAAAAUAAAAUUGUACUAGCGUGGUUAAUAAUACAAAAGCGCCAAGUUCGCAAAAAUUUACAGUCUGGCAUCUCUGGAAAUUAAAGGCGCGCUGGUUUUUGUCUUAUAACAUAUUGGUGAAUGUAUGCAGCUGAAGUAUUUUGUUAUUAUCGCCAUGAAAUUUCUUGCAGUAUAGAAUUACAGUGUGUUUGAUAAAUAGUGAAAAGGAAAAACAACUGUAUACCAGAAUUUAAAAUGAAGUAUUCCACUAACAAAUCUGUCGGCAAAUCUUCAGUCAGUUGGGUUGGCAAACAAUGCGAUCCGCAAGUUGCGCGAUCUUUUAAAAUGAGACCAGCACUAUUUUACAGCAAAUGUUAUUAUGGAGCCUUGACACUAAAAGUUGGUAACUAUGUUCUCGUUUCCAAUGUGGACAGCCCUGAACCUGAUUCAGUUUCCGGCAGCGAUAUAGCCCGGAUUGAACAUAUGUAUGAAACAUUAGCUGAUGAUCCUAAGGCUGAUACAUGUAGAGCAAUCGUGCAGUGGUUUUCUCGUCCCACGGCAUUACCCUCAAAAAUAAUCAAUAGCGAAAAUUACAUAUUUGAUGUUAAUCAUGAAAUAAUUGAAGAUUCUCGCUUUAAUCCUGAUAUAGCAAUAGAAACUAUCAAUGGACUAUGCCGUGUCGAAAUCGUGGAUCCUGGAAUAGUUGUUUCUGAUGUGGUUAAGAGAAUCGUAAGUAAAUUUCCGGUUUUUGUCGCACGCUACAAACUAUUACAUGUACAUGGCAGUAAAAAAAUGAAAUUAGAAGCAUUGAAAUUCGUCGAACAGAAAUCCCCACCCCACAGACGUGAGUCGAUGCUCGAUAAAACCAAUCGUUUAAGUAUGAGCAGCGUGAAUGAUACGCCAAAGACAUCGAAGCGCAAACAUAAUCGUUUAAAAUCUAUUGAAUUUAUCGAUAUGCAUCAGUUUGAUAAACAUGAGAUCACUACCUCGCAGCAAUGUCUUGAACAGCAAGAAUGGGUUAUUAAAACAGUAAUUGAUGCAGGUAAUAAUAAUUAUAAAAAUAAACUUGAUAGAUUAACUGAGGGAAUAUGUGGUGUUGUAAUUAGUGAUGAUGAAAAAGUUUCUCCAUCAAAAAUUGCUAAAGUUUAUAACGCAAAUCGAAAAUCUCAAAGCAUCAGAAAAAACUUGAAUGCUAGCUUUCAAUGUGACUCGCCCGCGUCUUCGGAUGGAGAGAUGUUGAAUUAUUCCAUAGUAAAAGACAGCUCGAAUAACACACCGGUGACGAAAAUAAAGCUUAGAUUAUCUGAACGGCAAAAGCCAGUGGUUGAUACUCCUCGUCGCUCAGCUAGGAAAAGAUCAACAUGUCAUGAAGAAAAUGUUAUGGAUAACGAAACGUCUCCCAGAAAAAAUAAAAAGUCUAUUUCGAACGAUGAUGAAAUAACAAAAACUCCACCGCUUCGACAGAGGCGUAAAAGUAUUCUGAAAACACCAAGUUAUAAAGUUGAUGCCGCCGGAACACCUAAACGUAAUAUACAACUUUCUAAUAUUGUGGAAGAAUUUGCAAAUGGAAGGCGAAUCUCAAAAAGAAUUGAUACAACUCCGACAAAAAUUGGUUCAAUCAAAGGAUUGCCGGAACAAGAAAGCUCUAGAGGGCGAUCUCCAAUCAUUGAUGCAAGCAAAUCAACUCCGAAGAGUUCAACUAAAUUGAAACUUAUUCGAUCGGGCGCCAUACAACCGACUAUUCACUAUCGCGAUUCACCAGUUGAAGGACCGUUGGACGAUCAUCUUGCCCUAGUCCGAGAACGAUUGCAUGUGUCAGUUAUUCCAAAAUGCUUGCCAUGUCGAGAAAAAGAAUACGAUGAAAUUUACAGUUUUUUAGAAGGAAAAAUAAUCGAAAGUUGCGGAGGAUGCAUGUAUAUUUCAGGUGUGCCGGGAACUGGAAAAACAGCCACAACCAGCGCUGUCAUACGUGCUCUUCAAUCACAGGCUGAAGAAGAGGAGAUUCCCAAGUUUGAAUUUGUAGAAAUUAAUGGAAUGCGUCUCACAGAGCCACGUCAAGCAUAUGUACACAUUUAUCGUCAACUUACCGGUAAAACUUUAGCCUGGGAACAAGCAUAUAAUUUGCUGGAUAAACGUUUUACAACUAAAUCUCCACGCCGUAUAACUACAAUUCUUUUAGUCGACGAACUUGACAUCCUUUGUAAUAAACGUCAAGAUGUCGUUUAUAAUUUAUUGAACUGGCCGACCGCAGCAACCGCUCAUUUAGUAGUUAUAACAAUCGCCAACACAAUGGAUCUUCCAGAGCGUUUGCUUAUGGGAAAGAUUUCGUCUCGUUUGGGAUUAACACGACUUACAUUUCAACCAUACAAUUUCCGGCAAUUGCAGGAAAUAGUGAUGGCUCGACUUACAGGAAUGUCAUCUUUUGAUUCCGAUGCUAUUCAACUAGUAGCUCGAAAGGUUGCUGCGGUUUCAGGUGAUGCACGCCGAGCACUCGAUAUUUGUCGCCGGGCCACCGAGCUUGCUGAUGAUCACUCUAAGAAAAGUGGCCAACGUGUUAGUGUUUCAAUGGUUUUUGUGCAGCAGGCACUCGGAGAGAUGAUUUCAAGUGCUAAAGUACAAACCAUAAGAAGUUGUUCCAGAGUAGAACAAUUGUUUUUGCAAGCGGUAACAGCUGAGGUGGCUCGUACAGGAAUUGAAGAAUGCAUUUUUAUCAGGGUCUACUCGCAGUUUGAAUCGUUGGCAGCAUUUGCUGGUAUAACAGUACCUAAUCCCGGAAGGGCGAUAUCCAUUUGCAGCCGUUUAGGAACUUCUCGGUUGCUAAUUUGUGAAAGUUCUCGAAAUGAUAUUUAUCAGAAAAUUUUACUAAACAUCAGUUCCGACGACGUAUAUUAUGCACUUCAAGCAAGCAAUCUAAUUUGAAUAAACCAAACUAAAUCAA